GAUUUACUAUCGUAUGACACUGUGUGUUUGAUAAUUUUUUCUGUGACGGUAAUGUUAGCAGGCUAAUAUAAAGUGCGCGCUCAAGUCUCGGGGGGGGGCGCAUAAAGUAGCUAGCCCUCUUCUUUUGAAAGUAAACUUGGCUCUGUGUGUAACCGGUCGGGUGGUACAGAGGAAAUUGGAAACAGACUCAAGAUACCGAAACGCGCUUAGCCCGCUGGUUUUGGGUGCUAGCCACAUUUUAUUUGUACUUCACACGAUUGGGUUGUUCCUUUCAAGGAUACCUGGAUCUAGUAGCAGGUGACGCCGACACAACAGGGAUGUGCAAUGGCAUCGGUGCGGGUGGCUGUCCGGCUCAGGCCUAUGAACAGACGGGAGAAGGACUUGACUGCCAAAAACAUAAUUGAAAUAAAAGGCGACAAGACCACCAUUACAAACUUGAAGAUACCAGAUGGCAUUACCGGGGAUUCGACAAGGGAGAGUAAAAAGACCUUCACCUAUGACUUCUCCUAUGACUCCGCCGACAGUAAAAGCAACACCUUUAUCUCUCAGGAAAAGGUGUUCAAAGACUUGGGCUCGGAUGUCCUCAAGGCUGCGUUCCAAGGCUACAACGCCUGCAUCUUUGCCUAUGGCCAGACCGGCUCUGGGAAGUCCUACACCAUGAUGGGAAAUCCAGGAGAUGCUGGGCUCAUUCCACGGAUAUGUGAGGGUCUGUUCAGCCGGAUUGCUGGGAUGACUCGUUGGGAUGAGGCCUCCUUCCGCACCGAGGUCAGCUACCUGGAGAUCUACAAUGAACGUGUCAGGGACCUGCUCAGGAGGAAGUCCACCCAAACCUACAACCUGAGGGUGAGGGAGCACCCAAAGGAUGGACCCUAUGUGGAAGACCUGUCCAAGCACCUGGUGCAGAACUACCACGACGUGGAGGAGCUGAUGGAGGCGGGCAACAUCAACCGCACCACGGCCGCCACGGGCAUGAACGACACCAGCAGCCGCUCGCACGCCAUCUUCACCAUCAACUUCACCCAGGCUAAGUUUGACGCGGAGAUGCCCUGCGAGACGAUCAGUAAAAUCCACCUGGUGGACUUGGCGGGCAGCGAGAGAGCGGACGCCACCGGUGCCACUGGAGUCCGGCUCAAGGAGGGCGGGAACAUCAACAAGUCACUGGUCACCCUGGGCAAUGUCAUCUCCGCUUUAGCGGACCUGAGCCAGGACGGAGUGAACACCAACCUGAAGAAGAAGCAGGUGUUUGUGCCUUACAGAGACUCUGUGCUAACGUGGCUCCUCAAGGACAGCCUGGGAGGCAACUCCAAGACCAUCAUGAUCGCUACCAUUUCACCUGCUGACGUCAACUACGGCGAGACUCUGAGCACUCUGCGCUACGCCAACCGUGCCAAGAACAUCAUCAACAAGCCCACGAUCAACGAGGACUGCAACGUCAAGCUCAUCCGAGAGCUCAGGGCCGAAAUUGCCCGACUGAAGGCCCUUCUGGUCCAGGGAAACCAGAUUGCACUUCUUGAUUCACCCACUGCUCUGAGCAUGGAGGAGAAACUACACCAGAACGAAGCCCGAGUGUUGGAGCUAACCAAGGAGUGGACUAACAAGUGGAAUGAAACUCAGAACAUUCUCAAGGAAGAAACCCUUGCCCUGAGGAAAGAGGGAAUCGGUGUCGUCCUCGAUUCGGAGUUGCCUCAUCUAAUUGGUAUCGACGACGACCUCCUAAGUACUGGCAUCAUCCUCUACCAUCUAAAGGAGGGCAGGACGAAUGUUGGUCGAGACGAUGCGUCGACUGUUCAGGACAUCGUUCUCCAUGGGCUGGACCUAGAGAGUGAACACUGCAUGUUUGCGAACCAGACCGGCACCGUCACACUGGUUCCACUCAAUGGGGCCCAGUGCUCCGUGAAUGGAGUGCAAGUGACAGAAGCCUCCCCACUAAACCAAGGUGCUGUUAUCCUACUGGGGAGAACCAACAUGUUCCGUUUCAACCACCCUAAAGAGGCAGCUAAACUAAGGGAAAAGAGGAAGAGUGGACUGCUCUCUUCCUUUAGUCUGUCCAUGACCGAUCUCAACAAAUCAUGUGAGAACCUCUCCACAGUAAUGCUCUACAACCCAGGCAGUCUCUUCACUGAAAAGGGGCCUAUCUAUCUCAGGUUGGAAUUUGAGAGACAGCAACGGGAAGAGCUGGAGAAGCUGGAACACAAAAGGAGGCUUAUUAAGGAGAUGGAAGACAGGCAGAAGUGUGAGAAGGCGGAGCUGGAGCGCCUGCAACAGGAGGUGGAGUCCCAGCGCAAGGAGUCGGAGCAGGUGCAGCAGCGCAUCCGCCGCCAGGAGGAGACCCUCCGCUGCCGCAGCCAGGACAUCGAGAGCCGCCUGCGCGACCUCCUGGCUGAGAAGCAGCGCUUUGAGGAGGAGCGCCACCGCGAGACCAAGGAGCUGGAGCUCCAGAGGCGCCAGCGGCGAAAGCAGCAGGAGGAACGCGAGGAUGAGAAGACGCAGGACGAGGAGGCGCGACGCCAUAGCGAGGCGGCAGAGCGUGCCGAGCAGGCGGAGAUCUUCCGCGAGCUGGAGCGGCUGAAGCGGGAGCACGAGGAGCAGGCGGUGCGGCUGGAGGCAGAGAGGCGGAGGCUGGAGGAGCGCGAGAUGGAGCAGCUAGGCCUGGUGGGGCGCCUAGAAGAGCAGCUGAAGGAGCGCCACGAAGCGGCGGCUGCCCUGCUGACCCGCGAGGACACCCGGCGCCUGGACGAGGAGCGCCGUGCCUUGGCCGAGAUCCGCUCCGCACUGCUCCGCGCCAAGGAGGCCAGCGGGCGCUCCGACUGCGACGGAAUGGGCGAGGAGGCCGGGCGAGCCGCCCAGGUCCGUUACACGGACUUCAAGGCAGCACAGGUGGAUGAGCUGGGUCAGUUGGAGGAGGGGCUCCGGCAGCAGAAGGAGUGCCUGGAGAAGGAGGUGGCAUCAGAGCGCGCUGCCCUUGCCGUCCUGGUCCACGCCCACAAAGAGCGGCAGCGACAGCUGCUAGAGACCCAGGAGAAGGGGGCACAGGACUCCUCAGAACUCUCCCAGGAGGAGCAGCGGAUGCAACAGGCCGAGCAGCGCCUCCUUUUCAAGGAGGGCCGGCUAGCCAGCCUAACCGACAGCCUCCUGCCGGCGGUGGCCGAUGAAAGGCAGAGGGCGGAGGAGCUGCUGAAACUCGGAAGCUCCUCUGGCGCUGGCAGCAUUUCCAACAUAUCCCUGGGACUAGACAACACCCUGUACCAGGUGGAAAAGGAACUUGAGGAGAAGGAGGAUCGCCUUGCCUCACACUGCGCCAGCGCCGAGCAGCUUCAGCAGCUGCAGGAGACGUACGAGUUCACGGCCAACGUGGCGCGUCAGGAGAAAAAAGUGCGGCGCAAGGAGAAGGAGAUCCUGGAGGCGCGGGAGAAGCAGCAGCGUGAGUCCCUGGAGCAGGCGGUGGCGCGCCUGGAGAGAAGGCACUCAGCGCUGAGGCGCAGUCUCUCGCUGGACCCAGAGAGUGUGGAAUCCAGGCGCAAGGCCUCCAUUCUGGGGCCCGCGUGGGAACUCGACCAAGAGAGGGUGGAACGGGAGAUACAGAAGCUGAAGCAGAGGAUCAAUAAAACUGAGGGAAGUGGAAGGAGUCACACUGGGAGCGGCGAUGAAAAGACCAGUCUCAGUACCCCCCCUGUCAGCCCAAUCCAGAGCCUACCCCCAGUGCUGCCUAUCACAGAUGACGGGUACAGUGCCUUCAGAAAGAUAAAUGCAUACAUUGAGGAGGAGGUUAAAAGAAGGAUACAGAAGCUGAACCUCUUCAAUGGUGACAAAAACAUUGUGCUCUCGCUUUCAUCUGAAUCUCUGCAGGAGUACAAAGAAGUUAAUGAAUCUUGCUCUGUUAGAUCAACAGAUGAGGAUGAUGACAAGCUGCAAAACCGUGUCAACCCUAGGAAAUUGAAAUAUGAGAAAGACUCCUUGCUGUGGCGUAGCUUCCUGUGUGUCCCAGAACGUGAGACGAGCACUCACCUGGAAGGGGCUACAACAAGUUCAGAAGAAGGCGGCGGCAAAGACCGCUCUGAGUUAGAUAAAAUUGGCAAUCCAGAAAGGGACACCAAAGUCUUGGCAGAAAAUGAUAGAAUGCCUGAUAAAGAGGGUGAAAAAGCAAAAUGGUGGCAGGUGGAAGUGAAGGGGAAGGUUGACCAAGCUGAGAGCGAGAAGAGUAGCUGUGAUUUUAAAACCAAGGACUGGGGAUUUAGGUCUACAAACACCAUAGUCGGUGAGGAUGGAAAUAACAGCCAAUGUAGGCCAGAUGAGGAAGAAACCAAUUUCAGUUGCUACAUUGUUGAUGACAAGACAAAAAGUCUAUCAUAUUAUCAGUCCAGAGAAACCAGAACAGAAAACCCACUGUUGCUCUCACAGUUUGACUCUUCGGAAGGAACCAAAGACCAAGUUCAGAACACAAGCAAGACAAGUAACGACACUGCAACCGUGAUAAAUUCUGAAGUCCCCAUACUGAGACAAAGUUCAAAGAGACAAAUCACCAUCGAGGGCUACUUUGGUCUCAACAACAUCCCUAAAGAGUCUGUAAAUGGGCAGGUGCAGAGGAAUCUGAGAACUUCAGAACCGGAUCUAUUAACCAACGAACUGGGAGCCAAACAGAGUUAUGUCCUUGGAUACUUGGCAGGCAAGCUGUCUGGAGUUUACAAUGACGCUGGACGAUAUCUGCAGAGUACACGGGAUAUCAUUCGGCAGGUUCGAGCAGGAGAGACUUCAGCAUUGACUAGUACAUUCUCUCAGUACAUGACCAUAGUUACAAAAGAUCUUCCACUUGCUCAGAAAAAGCAGCUUGAACCUUCAAUGAAACCCGACUCGAGGCAGAAUAAAGUUCAUUUUGCCAAUUUGACAGGCAAUUGCCUUUUCAAUGUACCCGAGAAAGGUAAUGUGUCUGCAAUUCCGGACAUUUCAUUAUGGCCUAAAGGCUCUAUGACUACAUACAAAGACGGGGAGCCUGUCAUUUAUUGUCAGACGCUUGUGCAGUUUCCCAUAUGCCUUUCGGAAUUACAGUCUCUUCCGCUUCAGAAGAUGCUCUAUCGUUUGUACUGUGUGACACCCAAAAUCGCUGCCAUUUCCCAACACCUUUUGGGUAUCUACUGGCUAAGUGUUGCCAAUUGCAAACAGCCUACACCACAACCAAGUUGCUUACUGUUAUCUGAAACCGACCUCUAUGCAGUCUCCGCUGGUACUGGUUUAGGUAACAACCAACCUUUGGCAGUUUUUCAGCACUUCAGUCUCUUGCACAUCAAAGAGAUCCAAGUGAGCUUUGCUGGGCAGCAUGUACGACUCCUGGGCUCCACUAAAGACACCAUCUUGGUCAUCUUCACCCACAGCAAAGAGCUUACCCAGGAGCUAUGCUGUACCCUGCUGAAGAUCCUUGCCCCGGCAGAGGUUCAAGAAGGCCCAGGAGCCCACCCCUUGCUUUGUGGGGACCUCUCGCGCCUCUCUCUGGACUGGAGGUCCUACGUUCCAGACCUUCUUCUGGAUAGUGGCCUCUGUGUUACCUCACGCUUUAAGAGGAUCAUGGCUGACCUGCUCUAUAUCCUGCACGGCAACAUGGAAGGACCCAACAAGCCCUCCUUGGCUAACAUAUACCUUCUUCUCUACACUUCCAUCAAGGUGGAAAACUAUUCCACCUCGCACCAAGUUGUCCUUUGCCAGUUCUUUCUCACCGACAAUCACAUAGGCCUGGUGCAAGAGGAUGCUGUGUUCCACCCGGAACCUCGAGGCUCAACUCUGGUUCCCAUCCAACCCCAGUUUCAGGGAGUAGAGCUGCGCAGACGCUCAGACAUCCGAUGUGUGCUUGUGAGACACAGCGAUAGAUGUAUGGUGCUUGACAUCGUAUUCUCCGUAACUCACGAAAGGCAGAUUGAGACCAAAAGAAAGACGAGGAAAGGCAUUGUCCCUCUACCUUCUGAUUGCAGGCCCCCAGCUCAUUCCUGGAAAUUAACUUUCAGCUCUACCUCGGAUGCAGCAAUCCUAAUCAAUCAUCUGUCAACCUGAUUUAAGGCUGUGCUGACAGGUCAUAAAAGGAUGUAAUGCUAAUAGGUAAUAAAUGGAAAGGAGUUUAACUGCCACUGCAGGCCUGAAGCAUAAUGACUGUGUCGUCCUGCUGAACUCCUCUUGUUUUCUUUCAGUAUUGCACUUGAGCAAGAAAGCCAUUGUGAGUUGGCUAGCUAGCUACAUUCAGUAUUGUCAGCCAACUGCAUUUCUGAGUAUAGUAAUCAGAUAGCUAGACUGAUAACAUUAGGAUUUGCAUACUACAAGAGUUGAGCAACAUUGUAGAAAAGAUUUCACUUGUAAAUCUUAUUUUGUUUGAGCAUGAUGGUACCGUCCUACCACUUCCAAUGUGUAUGUAAGUUUAAAUGAUUUGUUUGAUUAGUUGAAUCAUAUUCCAAAAAAACAUUAUUGUAACAUGGUAGCCAUGCCUUUAGUAAUUGACAUUAUGGACGUACAUUAACAAUAACAUUUUAUUGAAACUUCUACAGGAUCCUCAUGAAUAUUGUGUUAUAAGAAAAUACAUAUCUAUAUUAUAAAUAUAGAUUAAAUACUCAAAUGUAAAGGUCUAACCCCAAUGGCUGCUAUUGAUUUUAAAGUGUUUUAUAGUAUAUUUUAAUGCUUCUCUUCUUAACAUACUGCCACUGUGGUGGUACACCUUAAUCAAGUCUAGUCAACCCUUAAUUGUCACUUUUAAGAACAAUUUUACUCACAAACCUAAUUGUUUUGUAUUGGCUAUUUCAUCGAUUUUCUUUCCUACUACAAGGAAUAGGGUGCCCUUUUGUUUAGUCAGCUUAGCUCUCCCUCUCUGUUCUUUACAUGAAUGCUCACAUCAAUCAUUAAUGGCUGGUAAAAAAAAAAUCGUCAAUAUGUUUGUGUAUACGUUUAUGCAUAUUCAUCAUAUGGUAAUGUACAAUAUGAUUUUGAGGAAUAUGUAUGAAUAGUAAUAUGAAGAAUGUCCGAAGUAUAAUAUGACUUGUGACUAUGAUCACUGCAAUAAUGUUAAUAAAAGAUGGUUAAUUGUUUUAACAAAAAAUAAAGAUGGGCUUACACAGAA